UUUUUCGCAAGAGCAAUACAAAACAUGAGCAGCUUUAAGACCAUUGAAGUAGAUUCCGACUCGAGUGAGGUUGACGACACAAUGCCUCUGAAACGCCGGGAAACACCCCCAAGAAGUGUCGGCGCAAAAGCUAAGAUGAGCAACGAACACACCCCUAAAAUGGCCAAGGUCGCCAGAACGGAACCGGAUUCGACAUCGCCGUCCUCCUCUGACAUGACGAACACAUCGCCCGGCACUGGCGCAGAUGUAUCCGGCAAGGCAGGACGCCACAGGGCUAGGAAGAGCCUGCAAGGCGCCCGACGCAUCAGUCCUGACCUCCAGUUUGAGUCGGUUGCUGCGGAGGGGGGUGAAGGCGGUGGUGCAUCCGAGGCAUCCGAAGCACCCGAGGAACCCAAAUUGGAGGGGGACUCCAAGGAUAAGGUGAAAACGGCUAUCAGAAACCUGUUGCAGACCGACGAGAUGAAGAAGAUCAUCAGGCAGAUCGCCAACGAGCGGGUGCGCUGCAAUUUCCUGUUGGCCACCUACCAACUGCCGGACAUGAACUUCGCCCUCAACACGUCCCUGGACACGCUCUGCAUUCAGUUCCGGGAGCGCCUCAAGCAGCGCCGGGACCGAGAGAACCUCGCCUUAUCCGCUGCAGCUCCUAGCUCAUCCGCCAGCAGCCAAAAAGGACCCUCAAAGGCAGUCCCGAAAUCACAAAAGUAAUUUGUAUUACGAAAAUGGGUUUGAAUCCAAAAAUAGGGUUAUAUAUCAGCAUUUAUAGCAUUUAAUCGAGUUUGUUUAAAUUUAAAAAUAGGAAUACAAACACAUUUUUUCAACGAAAAUAAAAUAUUAAUGAUGAUCUAUAAAAGAAAACAAAAAAUGUAUUGCUAAACUUAACACACAAUGGUAAUAUUAGUUGCCAAAAUUUAGAAAUGUAAAGCAAGACAAAUAAGAAAACACUAUGUCUUCAAAUGAUAAAUGUAUUUAUAAUUCAUUUUAAAACUUUGCGUACCCAAAUCAUGUUGAUUAAAUUAAGGUUGUGUAAACUGAAAUUUACUUUAAAGUUUUAAAGAGAGAUUUAAGGUUAAUGAAU